AUGUCCAACCGAACGAUUGCCCGCCAUGGCGUCCGUCAGGCGUGUUCUCGCCAUUGCGUUGGCCUUCGUGCUCGCGCUCGUCGCGGCGUACACUACUGUCCACAGCGUCGCGCUCCUCGCAUCCUCCACACGCCCUCGCGGCUCUCUUUCCCUCUCCUUGGCUGCUCUUUCGCGCUUUAAAGCCAGGGUAUCAAGUACCGAGAUCGCCGCCACACUCUCACCCAUCACCACCACUAGUAUCAGUAAUGCCGCACGGUUCUCAGGCGUGAAUGACGCCGCAAUCCCCGCUGUGGUCCCGAGGCCGCUGCAGCUGCAGCCGCCCGCGAAUCGCGCUCCUGCUGACGGCGCUCCGCUCGAGCGCGUGUGUGGCUCGCCAGCUGUCGACGGGUACGCGCACGUGGACGCCACGUGCCUCGAGGGCUCGCCGACCAAUCGCCUGUGGUGGUCCAUGCACCCCCAGGGCGGCAAGAGCGGAGAGGGGUUGGAGUGCCACGUGGAGCGGGAGGUGAGCCUGGACGGGCUGGCUGUGCGGUGGGGCAUCGGACACAAGACCACCACUCCCGAGCAGUGCUGCCAGGCCUGCAGGGACCAUGAACCGGGCCCACACCUAGGGGGCCCCUUCGCCCGUCUCCCCUGCAACGUAUGGGUCUUCUGCGCCGCGCCAGCCUGCUUUGAGCCUGACGUGCACACUCACACAUACGGGGACUGCUGGCUCAAAUUCUCGGAGGCGCCGCAGAGCCCUGAGGUGAACGCGAGGGGGGAGUACCCUCGGGAUCUCCGCGCCAGGCAUCCUGCAGCGCCCGAGCGGUGCCAGUGGGUGGCGGGGGUGCUGCUGCCGCUCGGGCAGGUGCUGACUAACGGCACUUGGAGCCCGAGAUACGAGUGGUGACGGGCAGGGGCCAGGACAACUGGCUUCAACUUAUGUCUUCUGAACAGAAGGCGUCUCAAGAGCAUGUGCCAGGCAACCAGAGGCACCCGAGAGCCCUGAGGUGAACGCGAGGGGGAGUACUCUCGGGAUCUCCGCGCCAGGCAUCCAGGGGCGCCCGAGCGGUGCCAGUGGGUGGCCGGGGUGCUGACCAAUGGCACUUGGAGCCUGAGAUACGAGUGGUAGGGGGCACAAGGCACAGGGCAACAGGCUUCACGUUAUUCGGUGCCGGGGUGAAGGGCGUUUGUGUGCGACAAGGAGCCAUGCAUGGCAGCAGCGAUGGCAGGCAGGGAGGACGUACGCCUCUUUGCCGCGUCCGCCCUCAAGCAGCACAAGGUGGGUGGGUCAUUCAACAGGGAGGCGAAGUGCCAGGCACCGCUGCUGGCAGCACCACUGGCAGCACCACUGGCAGCACUAGUGGCAGCACUGCGGGCAUGGAAAGCUUGAAGACGUAAUGACUUGGUCCAGACGACUUACUUGAAGUAUUUGAUGUGUAUGUACUUGAUUACUAGCUCAAUCCAAUAUUCCUAGUGUAAAAUCAUCGUGUCCAGCCAAAGGUUUGCUGUUUUGGACCCUGGUAGACAUCCAGUUUAGU